AACAGCUUAACCUCACAAAUUAAAAUUACAAAUUAAAAACAAGAGGUUCCUGUAUGAAAUUUAUAAUGUAUUUUAUUUGUUUUGUAAUUUGUUGUGGCGUGGCAUAUUUGGGAAGCCACAUGCUGUUCUUACGGUGAUAACAUCACAAACCUGAAAUAUUUUGCAAUUAAAGUAUUUAGUGUAAGUUAGUACCAAACUAAAAAAAACACACCUAGCAGUAUAAGAUAUGUUGAAGUUCAAUAAGCCAGCAAUUGUGAUAGUCGGUGCAGGAGCUGCAGGAAUAGCAGCAGCCACUAAACUUAUUUCCAACGGUUUCAAUAAUGUUACAGUAUUAGAAGCUGAGAACCGAAUUGGAGGAAGACUGUAUUCAGUUCAUUGGGGAGACACGAUUGUGGAUUUAGGAGCACAAUGGGUUCAUGGAGAAAAAGGCAACAUAGUUUACGAAACAGUGAAAGAUUUAAAUCUUGUCAGCCAUGCUGAGCUCAACGGCUACAAAAAUUUUAAAUUUUACACCUCAAACAACUCAAAAUUUGAUGAAAAUUUUACACGAAGACUCUGUACAAUUGCUGAAGGCAUUUUCGAUGGCGAGUAUGGAUCUAAAAACAGUCAUAAUACUAGUGGAACAUAUGCUUCAUAUUUCUUAGACAAAUUUGGUGAGAUAGUCACACAAGAAUUCGGCAAAGACAAUCAGAAAGUCCAAAAAGUUUUUGAAAUGAUUGAAGAGUUUUACAGCAAGUUUGUAUUAUGUUUCGAACCAGCUGAUAAUUGGCAUGAAAUUUCUGCAGCUAGUCUUGAUACUUAUCAAUAUUGCGAAGGUGAUCAGCUAAUUAAUUGGAGAGAAAACGGUUAUUCUACAAUACUUGAUGUUUUAAUUUCCAAAAUUCCGAAUGUUUCAAAAGAAGGCUUCCUCAAAAAUAUCCAAAUCAACAAGGAAGUCACUAAAAUAAUUUGGAACCAAAACGCCCAAGUACAAAUCCAGUGUAGUGACGGCACUUCUUACCUAGCCGAUCACGUGAUAGUCACAACAUCAGUGGCAGUUUUAAAGCACAAUCAUGCAAAUUUGUUUGAACCAAGUCUUCCAAGUUAUAAAAUUAAUUGCGUGGACAAUAUCCCCUUAGGUACCAGCCAUAAAAUAUUUUUAAAAUUUCCUGAGAAAUGGUGGAGCGAUGAUCAGGGUUUUAGUUUUUUGUGGACUCGAGAAGAUAAGGAGAACUUGGAGACGGAGUUUCCUGGUGGACCAAAACACAACGGCAGGUAUUGGUUAGAAGACAUUUUUGGUUUUUACCCAGUGGAAAACCUUCCAAAUAUUUUACUUGGUUGGGUAGUUGGACCAAUGACUGAAGAAAUUGAAUGUUUGCCAGAUGAAUACGUUCAAAAAGCUUCUAUGUUCCUGUUGAGAAAAUUCAUUGGAUCUAUGUAUGAAAUUUCAGAACCUUGUAGCAUUUUGAGGUCUAAAUGGGGCACUAAUCCACAUUUUCUCGGUGCCUACUCUUACAUAGGAACAAACACAAUAAAGAGUGGAGCAACGCAUGAGGAUUUAGCUAAACCGCUUUUGGUAAAUGGGAAAGAAGUUGUAUUAUUUGCUGGAGAAUCUACUCAUUCUAAGUAUUUUUCUACUGUUCAUGGUGCUAUCGAAUCUGGAUUCAGAGAAGCUGCUAGGUUAACAGAUUUAUACAAAAGCCCAAAUUAUCACAAAAUAGUAAUCGUCGGUGCAGGCUUGGCAGGUCUAGGAGCAGCAAAGCAGUGUCAAAAAAACUCAAUUGAAGAUUUUCUUAUACUUGAAGCACAAGAUGAAGCAGGAGGUCGCAUUAAAACAAUAUUUGUUGAUGGUAAGCCUUUGGAUCUAGGAGCACAAUGGAUGCACGGGAAGAACAAUCCAUUAUAUACUUUAGCAAAAGAAAAUAAUUUACUGGCAGGUGGAUAUAUUUUAUUUUUCAGUUUAAUACGUGUUGAGAAAUUUGGUUUGAUUUUAGACUGGGAAUCUGAAGAAGGUAGUGGCCUAUACAUAAGAAGCAAUGGCGAAAUUGUUGAUCAAUUUAUCGUAAAUAGAGUAUCAUUGAAAGUAGGCGAAAUAUUGGACGAUUGUGCAAAGUUUGUUAAUGCAGAGAAUAAUCAUCCUUCAUCAUUAAAUGUUUUUUUAGAUGAAGGAUUUUCUAAAUUUUUGAACAAAACAAAUUUAAACGAAACUGAUAUUUCUAAAGAGUUAUACGAGUGGCAUACAAGAUUUCAAGUGAUAGACAAUUCAUGUAAAGACUUAUCAAGAUUAAGUGCUAAAGGUUGGGGGGAAUAUGUUUGUUUAGAUGAUGAAGCUCAUUCCAAUUUAAAAUAUGGAUAUCAACCGUUGAUACAGACAUUACUAGAUAGUCUCCCAGAUAAAUGUAUCCAGUAUAACGCUGAGGUUAUCAAAAUUAAUUAUACCAAAGACAAAAAAGUUAGGAUCGAUGUUAAAGGAGACCAAUCAAUAAUUUGUGAUCAUUUAAUUUUAACACCUUCCUUAGGGGUUUUAAAAGAUUUUAAGGGUUUAGAUGCUGUACUAUCAGAAAAUUUAAUUCAAAAUAUUCAGAAUAUGGGCUUUGCAGGCAUUUGCAAGAUAUACUUGUUUUAUGAGAAAAGAUGGUGGAGCGAUAGUAAAGGUUUCCAAUUACUUUGGACCCAAGACUGUGAAUUUACCGAGAAAGAUUCGUGGCUGCGGCAAAUAACCGGUUUCGAUGAAGUAUUCAAUCAUGAAACAGCCCUAAUGGCAUGGGUUGGUGGCGAUGCUGUGCAGAAAGUGGAAAGUUUGCAGACGGACGAAAUUGGCGUACAGUGCACGGAUUUGCUUCGCAAGUUUCUCACAAACCGUUAUUCGGUACCAGCUCCCAGUAAAGUUAUAAGGACCCAGUGGCUUUCGAACCCAUACGUGAAAGGCAGCUAUUGCCACAUAACUCCAGAAUGUGACGCUCCGAAUUCCGGAAUCCGGGCGUUGAGAAAGCCUGUGAUGGUUGACGACGUGCCCCGGAUUAUUUUGGCCGGAGAAGCCAUUCAUCCGUCACAUUAUUCGACGACACACGGCGCUUACGAGUCAGGACUAGAUCAGGCUCAAGUUAUUUGCGAUUUUAUUUCCAGGUCAGAUAGAUAGGUUUGAUGUUCAUGCAUAAAUUAGUUCACAUUUUGGUGUUUUAUUUUACAUAUCAGUUUAGCGAGUUCUAUAAAGCUCUACGAUGUACUAUGUGAAAUUUAUAUAGGAUUUAUUUUCGGUUUUUAGUUAGAUAUUUUAAAUAAAUAGUUAGAUACGUGUCUGUGACGAAAUAGUUUUUUUUUUUCAC